AAUAAUCCUCUAUGUUAAGCUGCAACAAAGCUAGUUGGCUUUCUUUGAUCAGCUUAGAUUGUUACCUAUGGCUCAGACUGAUUUGUGGUUGCAACAACGGUGAGUGGGUGAGCUUUCUAGGAUGCUUUGUUAUGAACAAGCACUAGUAGCUGUGAAUUGAAUUAUCGCUCGUACAUGAGCCCGGGCUCCGAGUUGAAUUAUCGCUAGUAGCUGCACAUGUUCUCCAGGAUAGAUUGUGUUGAAAGAAAUUUAGUUGCGCCGUGCGACUCCCUCUGUAAAGAAAUAUAGAGGGAGUAUACUUCUAAAUAUAAGCCUUUUUAGAAAUUUUAAUAUGAACUAUAUACGGAUGUAUAUAGACUUUUAGAGUGUAGAUUCACUUAUUUUGCUCUGUAUGUUGUCCGCAUUGAAUUCACCAAAAUGGCUUAUAUUUACAAAUGGAGGGAGUAGUUGGUUCCCACCCAGAAGUAACUAAAAACAAACCUGGUUUUCAUGGUUUAGACCUUCUCCACCAUAAUGUAGUGCAUAUACAUUUUUUAUGAGUCAAACUUUGGUCAGAUUUAUUAAGAAAAUUAUCAAUAUCUACAAUGCCAAACAUAUUAUUCAAAAUUGUGUCUUAUGGUGUAUCUAUUUUUUUAACACAAGCAUUCAUAUAUAUACGCUCAUACACUCAUCCUUAUAAACGCACACACGCACACCCUACCUCCGUGAGCACCUUCGAGAGGCUGAGCCGGCAUAUAAUCUUAAGGUUUUAUGAAGUCACAGCACGCGCCUCGUAGUCGACGUAUCUAUUGAUGUGUACAUGAUACUCUAGAUGUGCAUAUUUUCCUCUAUAAACUUGUUAUUUUUUUUUGUAGAUUUAGAAAAGGCUAUAUGCACUAUAUUAUAGUAACUACUCCCUCAUUCCAUUUAUAUAGGGCCUAAUACAUUUUUCGAGACUAACUUUGACCAAAUAUUAGAGCAAUAAUAUAUGACAUGCAAGUUACACAAAGUAUACCGUUAAAUUCGUAUGUGAAAGGAGCUUCUAAUGAUAUCAUUUUCACAUCAUACAUUCCAUGACUAUUAAUCUUAUCAAUAGUCAAAGACGGUUUGGAAAUACGCAUUAGACCCUAUAUAGAUGGAAGGAGGGAGUAUAACAAUUGAAGCAAUGGAAUGGCACUCUUAUUAAUAUGUUUAGGCCGGCGUUGCAAAAAAAAAAUUAUAUGUUUAGGCCGGGCAGGGGUGGGCUCGGAUUUUCAUACCAGGCUUUGUCAAGCCCGGCCCUAAUCCGACAUGGCAUGGGUUACGUACGAUGUUCUGAUUUUGUCCAGGGCUUUAUAAAAACUUGUUCUUUUUUUAUCCCCAAAUCGGUUCUGAUUUCGUAGGCAAUGGGGCGCAAGCGACACCGAAAGAAGGCCGCCGCCGUCGCCGUCGCCGUCGCCAGCCUCCCCGUGGAUAUGCUAGCCAACAUCCACGCCCGCCUCAGCCUCCUCGACCGCCUUGCCUUCGCAGCCGUCUUCCGCACCUCGCGGGACGCAUUCAAGCCGGAGCCGCCUUGUCUCCUCCUGCCCGGCGACGCCCCGGAGACCGCCGCUCUCUUCUCCCUCGCCUACCGCCGCGCCGCAGCCGUGCGCGCCCCGGGGCCCGGCCACGCCGUCCUCGGCUCCUCCUCCUCCCGCGGGUGGCUCGUCACCGCCGACGACCGGGCCCGGAUGCACCUCGUCAACCCGUUCACCGGCGAGCGCCGCGCGCUCCCGGCCAUCGACACCAUCCCCCACAUCUUCGCGCACGGCGGGCGCCACCACUUCACCGUCAACGUCAUGUGGUUCCUCAGGGGACCCCCACCGUACCCCUACGGCACCAUGACGUAUACCACGGAAAGGGUGCGCCACGCGCUCUACCGCAAGGUCGUCCUCUCCAGCUCCGCCGACGUCGCCAUGCUGAUCACAGGCCCGGAGUACGGCGUUGCGGCCUUCGCCACGGCGGGGGGCGGCGCGUGGAGGCUGGCGCCCCCGCGCGACGGGGUCGAGCCGGUUGCCACGCCGGAGGGCGGCUCGUGGAGGCUGUGGCACUCGCGCAACGGCGUUGAGGAUGCCGUCCACCACGACGGCAGGUUCUACUCAAUCACAUACUCCGGCAAAGUGGAGGCGUGGGAGGAGCACGACACCGCCGGCGUGUUCACGAGCGCGGUGGUUGCGCCGAGCCUGCUGCUGCCGGCCAAUAUGGACCAUCGCAAGUACCUCGUGGUGUCGCCGGCCGGACGGCUGAUGGUCGUGCUCAAGGAGACCAUGGGACGACGGACGCCGCCGUCCUUCAAAGUGCAGGUCCUUGACGCCGGCAGGGAGGGGUGGAAGGAGACGGACGACAUCGGCGACACCGCGCUGUUCGUCGCGGUGAACGGUUCCCUCUGCGUGUCCACGAGGGAGCACCCGGAGCUCAAGGCCGGCUGCGUCUACUACUACACCAAGGAUGAUCUGGAGCCGUGCAAGGAUGCACAUGCACGCAACGACGAGGACAAUGGCGUCAGGGUGUGCAGCCUAACGGACCACAGAACAGAGACGGUGCAGGGCCUUGGAUGGCGCGGGAGCUGGCCGCCCCCGGCGUGGUUCAUUCCUUCCAUCCCAUGAUGAUGGAUGAUUUUAUAGCUUUAUUAUGUUGCAUUACUACAGUAGAGGUGCAGUAACAGGAUUGUGAAUUAAAGAAACAGUUUGGUUUGCAGCAUCUUCUUUUCGCCCUCCAGAUUGCAGCACAAGAAACAAAGGUGGCCCUUUUAGUUCUUGGAGGAUACGGUUUAAUUAGCCUUGAUGAUGAUUGCAACCAAGAUUAUGCUACCGAUUAUAUAUUAUGCUACGAUGAUUGCAACCAAGAUUAUCACUUGACUAUUGCCUUGUGAGGUUUCUGG